AUGGCAACUCCGACAAUAGGGGGCCCUUUGAAUGUCAAGGGUAGCGAGGCUCCCGCUACCAUCUCAGACACAGCUCACACCUACCUUUCUGCUGGGAAGCAACUCGAGCUAAAAGUGAGCUUUGAGGAGUACUUUUAUUACGCAUCCAUCACCCGUGCCGAGGAGAAACUUGCGAACGAAGCAUACAGAGGCGCACGAGGGCCGACGACAAUAAAGUCGCUCUUGCUAGACCGAUUUCAAACGUCCCCCAAAGGCCACAAGGAUGCGAACGGAAACACUCAACAAAUUACAAGGUCGAGUCAAGGAGUUGAGGAGAAGGACAUCCAGAGAACAGCUUCUAAUACAGGGACGCCUCCGUCCCCUGUUGGCAACCAUGAAUUGCAUACCGCCAACAGGGCGCUUCGCACAGCUGGAUGGGGCAGCGUCUUCUACCUCAUAACCACAGACAUCUUGGGCCCUUCAAACACCCCCUGGGCUUUUGCUCAAACGGGCUUUGGCGCUGGUUUCGCGCUGUAUUUUGCCUUCGGCAUUCUGUCCGCAUAUUCAGGCUGGAUCCUGUGGAAAAUGUUCCUCGGCCUCGACUCCGACAGAUAUCCAGUUCGAAACUACGCCGACCUCUUCUUCCGGUGCUUUGGUCCCUGGUCCGGAUACUUCGUCCACGUCAUUCAGGCGGUCCAGCUGCUUGUGAUCAUCGCAUUUCUCAUCCUUCUCAACGGCCAAGCGAUAUCCCAAAUCUCCCAGGUCAACGGCACCGGGCCCGGCCUAUGCUUUAUUGUCUGCGUGCUGGUGUUUGCCCUGGCCGGCAUGGUCGUCGGCCAGAUCCGGACGCUGCAGAAGUUUUCGUGGCUGGCUAACUUCUCGGUUUGGAUCAACUUGCUGAGCAUGUUCAUCGUUAUGGGCCUGGUCGCAAACUACCCGCCCAACUUCGGAGCAUUGGCAGCGUCUUUCGGUCCAGACUUUGGAAUUCCGGGGCCAAUCCAGACCUUCGCCGGCACACCCCCCGAUGGCCUCGCUACGGGUGGCUCAGGGUUCGUGGCAUCUGUAAACGGAGCUAUGCAAGCUGUAUUCGCAUACGGCGGUGCGAUGCUGUUCCCGGCCUUCAUGGCGGAAAUGCGCCACCCAAUGGACUUCUGGAAGGGGAUGAUCUGUGCACAGGCAUUCCUCACGUCCGUCUACCUGAUAUUUGGCAUGGUGGUCUACCACUUUCAAGGACAAUUCACUUUUAUCCCCAUCGCGCAAGGAAUAUCGGUAUAUGGGUGGCAGACUUGCCUAAACGUCCUGGGAAUGGUCGCUGGUCUUAUAGCCACCGGACUGUACAGUAAUGUUGGGAUGAAGAUUGCCUACGUGGAAGUCCUCGAGCCACUGAGCUUCCCGCCUUUGACAUCGACCAUGGGGAAGAUCUGGUGGGCAUGCUUAAUCCCGAUCUACUGGACCGUAGGCUUCGUUCUGGCGGCGGCCAUUCCCCAACUCGCCUCCAUUUCAGGUCUCGUGGGCGCUCUGUUCGGGUUGGGGUUCACGUACAUCUUGCCUGCCUGGGGCGCCUUGGGUUAUUUCAUCCGUGAGGAUGCCAUGGUCAACGACUCCGAGAGCUUUGACGAGGCGUCUCGUACGUAUAGUCGCAUCGAUCAGGGGUGGAAGCGGCUCGGCCGGGGAUUUAUGAAACGGCCGAUCUUCCAUACGUGGAAUCUCAUUUACUUUUUGGGAACACUUGCCGCAUGUGGCCUGGGAUGUUAUGCGUCUAUUAUUCAGCUCAUAGGUGCUUUUUCGUCCGGGGUGGCCACAAGCUUUAGUUGCACGAGCCCGGUAUGA